UCUCUAGGCGUCUCUCUUCUGUGUUGCGGUGUCAACAUGAUGCUUUGUUCUCCGAAAGCUUAAUUAAGCACUAUGCUUAUGUCUUUACAUGAGACACUUUGCACAGGGCAGACGAAACAUGAGCAGCCAGUGUGACUGAUAUGCUCGGCUUGUGUACAAUGGGGAACCUGGUCACAGUGACCUCCUACAGAGCCUCAGACGGAGCCUGGGAUUAUGUUUACCUGCACCCGUGUCUGCAGUGUGACCCGGCUGGGGCUUUGCUCAAUCUGAAACAGGCCAGUCUGUCCGUUUGGGGAUGGGGCGGUCUAGGAGUCGUGCUCUUCCUCAUCACAUUCGGACCCUUUGCCAUCUUUUAUCUGGCGUUUUAUAUCUUCUGUUUUGUUGGCGGGGGCUUUGCCGUCACCCUUUUAUUUGGAAAGACAAACUCAGAGAAACACCUAGAGAAGUGCGAACACUCCUAUCUGCCUCCCACACCAACUGGCAUAGCAAAGACUUUGGAUGAGCUGAAGCAGGAGAUAAAGCCAAUAAAGAUUGACCGGCGUCUGACGGGAUCCAACAUCAUCGAUGAGCCGAUGCAACAGGUGAUCCAGUUUGCCCUGAGGGACUAUAUCCAGUACUGGUAUUACACCCUCAGUGAGGAAGAGUCCUUCUUGCUGGAGAUCAGGCAGACAGUGCAGAACGCUCUCGUCCAGUUCUCCACACGGUCCAAAGAGGUGGACUGGCAGCCUUAUUUCACCACCAGACUGGUGGACGAUUUCGCCACCCACCUCCGCAUCUUCAGAAAGGCCCAGGAGAGGCUGAACGAGAAAGACGACCCCAAACAACGUGAUGCCCCAGAGGAGCUGCUGGAUGCGUUCUUUGAGGCCGAGGUGGAGAUGGAAAGGAAGAUCUGCAGGGACAUGGUGUGUACCUCCCACAAGGACGAGGAAGGCUUUCUGCGGGAUCUGUGCGAGGUGCUGCUGUAUCUGUUACUACCUCCUGGAGACUUCCACAACAAGAACAUGAGAUACUUCCUCAGGGAAAUUUUGGCGAGAGGAGUUCUGCUACCGCUGAUUAACCAACUGAGUGAUCCAGAUUAUAUCAAUCAGUUUGUCAUCUGGAUGCUCCGGGACUCCAGCUGCAACUACGAAGCCUUCAUGAACAUCCUUAAGCUGACAGACAAGCCUGCUGAACUGGAGGCCGUCAAAGACAAAGUGCUGGAGGAACUCCAGUACCUGCGAUCAUUAGAUACUGCAGGAGACGAUAUCAAUGUGAUAAAGAAUCAAAUCAACAGUUUACUGUUUGUGAAAAAAGUCUGCGAAACUAGGAUACAAAGGCUACAAUCAGGGAAGGAAGUUGAUGCUUUGAAACUUGCUGCAAGUUUUGGGAAGCUGUGUAUAAUCCCAUUGGAUCAUAUCUUGGUGCACAACAUAGCUCUGCAGUUCUUUAUGGACUACAUGCAACAGAUGGGGGGCCAAGCAGACCUGUUCUUCUGGCUGACAGUAGAAGGUUACAGGGUGACGGCUCAGCAGCAGCUGGAGGUCAUGCAGAGCUGGCAGAAGGACGGCAAGAAACAGAGCAGCCAGACGAAAGGCUUGCUGAAGGCGGCUGCGCUGGGCGUCUAUGAACAGUACCUCUCUGAGAAGGCCUCACCGAGAGUGCAGGUGGACGAGGCCUCCCUGGCCAGACUGACCGAAAAACUCAACAAAGAGGAUCCAACCCCAGAGAUAUUUGACGACAUUCAGAGAAAGGUGUAUGAUAUGAUGUUGAGGGAUGAGCGGUUCUACCCAUCCUUUAAGCAGCAUCCUCUGUACGUGCGCAUGCUGGCUGAGCUGGACAUGCUGAAGGAGCCGAGCUACCGAGGCUCAGACGAUGGAGACAUAGAGUCCUUCAAUGGAUCUCCAACUGGCAGCAUCAAUUUGUCUUUGGAUGACCUCACCAGUGCCGCCACAGAUGAGUCCAUGCAACUACACGCCUUUAUCUCUGAUACUGUAGCUGAUGCUUCUCUAAACCAACUUCCUGUGCCAGGCGUGUGUAAUGACCACGGGAAGACCUACGCUCUCUACACCAUCACUGUCUUCCGCAAGAACCCAGAUGGCAGUGAAGACACAUGGAAGACCUACCGCCGCUACAGUGACUUCCACGACUUCCACAUGCGCAUCUCUGAACAGUUCGAGAACCUGAAUUCUAUAUUAAAACUUCCUGGGAAAAAAACAUUCAACAACAUGGACAGGGACUUCCUGGAGAGGAGGAAAAAAGACCUCAAUGCUUAUUUGCAGCUACUUCUGAAUCCAGAGAUGGUGAAAGCCUGUCCCACUUUGACGCCCUACGUCCAUGACUUCCUGGAGAACAAGGCCUACAGCAAGGGCAAGGGUGACUUUGCACGGAAGAUGGACACGUUUGUGAACCCUCUGCGUAGCUCCAUGCGUAACGUGUCGAACGCUGUGAAGUCACUUCCUGACAGUCUGGCUGAGGGAAUGACGAAAAUGUCAGACAACAUGGGCCGCAUGUCGGAGAGGCUGGGCCAGGAUAUCAAACAGUCCAUAUUUAAGGUGCCGCCCUUAAUUCCAAAGUCAGACAUCGAUCCUGAGCACUGCAGAGUGUCUGCCCAGCUGGAUGACAAUGUGGAUGAUAACAUCCCACUGCGUGUGAUGCUGCUGCUGAUGGAUGAGGUGUUUGACCUGAAGGAGAGGAACCAGUGGCUCCGGAGGAACAUCAAGAAUCUUCUGCAACAGCUCAUUAGAGCCACCUAUGGUGACACCAUCAACAGAAAAAUUGUGGAUCAUGUAGACUUCAUGACGUCUCCUGAACAAGUAGCUGACUAUGUGAAGAGAUUUAGAGAUUCCUACUGGCCGAACGGAAUCCUGGCGGAGACUCCGCCGCGCAGAGACAAGAGCAUCCGCAUGAGAACCAGAGUAGCAGCUAAGACUAUCCUCCUGGGAAUCAUGCCAGACGAGCUGAAGCACAUCAUUGGGGCGGACACCACGCGCAAGGGCAUCCUGCGGGUCUUCGACAUGUUCCAGCACCAGCAGCUGAACCGUCGUCUAGCCUACGUCUUCCUCGAGGGCUUCCUGGAGACCAUGUUCCCCCAGUACAAGUUCCCCGAGCUGUUCGUCAAGCUGCACUCGCGCUCGCCGCGCAUGCGCACCUUCUCGCAGAAAGUCCGCAGCCUGCAGAAGAGGUGACAGAUCCCGGCUCAGCCACUAGGAUGCGCCACUCAUGGAACAGGAGGGACCGGCCCGCAGCGAGGCCGGAACAAGGGCCAGGCCAGGGGGAUGCGGUGUGGUGUGUAUGUGUUUGCGUGUGUGUGUGUGUGCGCGUGUUUCAGGAAUCUGCUUGGAUUGCACACCCCUGUCGUCUUCUCCUCCAGGCCCUCACCCAAAAUCUUCCCUGUUCUUAAUAGAAGCACUGUAUCAAUGCGGCUGUAGCAUAGAGGAUCCAUUUUUAGCAUUGUGGAGCGUUCAUUCAAACACGUUCACAUCUACCACUAAGAGACUGCAGUGCCUGACCUGUAAGGUCAGCAUUCAGUAUUUUUUUUUGUUUGUUUGUUUUGUUUUGUUUUUUUGUUUUCCUUUUUUGUUUUCUUCUUCUUUUGUUUUAAAUUUGGGAGAAAGUUGCAAUGUGGGAAGAUUCCCAGUGGCAGUUGGCAAAGAAGGUCAACCACCCCUUCCACAGAUGUGUUGACCAGAACAUAUACUGUAUGGUUUUAAAACAAGCUAAUAGAGAUUGGAAGGAGGGCAACUGACACCCCUUAAUAUGCUACACUUGCCACAAACUAAGGUAGCUAAGGUGAAAACGAAUCAUUUUAGGGUUUGGCAGGUGGGUUUUAAUUGCACCCUACGUCACCUUUUACCAACUGAAACCAUUUAUAUGUAUGACGACGUGUUUAUAAACGAUUUAAUAACCAAAUAUAUUUGCAGCACUGAAAACACAAGGCUUCUGACGUUCACAGUUAUCUCGGUGGAAAGCACGGAGGGCGAGGUUGAGAACCGAGGACGCAUGCCUGAUUUUCAAACAUGAUCCGUAACCAUGGCGAUAAAAGGGUAAUCCCAAGAGGAAGGCUGAGACCAAUUUCAAAGAAGAUCGUCCAGCAAGUUACGGCGAGAAACAAUGAAUGUUUGAAUUCCUGUCCUGGUGGGAGUCCAAGCAUAUGGAGAUAUGCUUUAAAGAAUGUACCUGUCUCGGGCAAAUUCUUUUCUGUGCUUGUCCAGUUUUUUUUUUUGUUUUGUUUUUUGUUUUUUGUUUUUGUUUUUGUUUUUGUUUUGUUUUUUUAACUCAGUUCAGACACUGGGGUAUGUGUGCACAUGUACCUGUUGUUUUUUUGUUUUUUUUUUGUUCUUUUGAUUUAUUUUUUUUUAAAUACCAGUACACUAUUAGUGAUGUGUAGCACUACGAUGAAACCUUGUUGAAGUCAGAAGUGUGUGCCAGUGCCAGUUAGAAAAUCAGCCUUAAUUCUAUGACCAAGAGACAUGCUAUACGUAGCUUCCCUUACAAAAAAAAAGAGUAACACUUAACUGAUGGGCAGCGCUCAUAAGGCUACACUGUAAACCUGCAUAAGUUAGUAGAAGUCAAAAUAAGUUAAAAAAAUUAAAAAAAAAUCAAAAGUCAGAAGUUUGUGAAACUUACAUGACAUAUGCAUAUCUGACAUUGCCGAUACAUAAACAUUAAUAAAAAUGCAGAAAUUAGGACAAAAUCCACAUAGAUUAGCAUUACAGAGAAAUAAAACAUUUAUUUCUGUAGACUUAUUAAUUCAGUAAAAUGAAUAUAAGCCCAGCAACACUUAAACAUUCAGCUUUUCCUGAGUACAGUACAUUUUAAAUAUCGGUAAAAUCUAAACAUCUGUUAAACAGUCAUAUGCAAAUUAAGUGUUGUUGACUUUCUAAGUGAAACACCCUCCACAGAGAACGCACUUCUGCACAUUUUAAUGCACUGUGAUACUGUUUAUUUGCUAAAAUUGACGUAUUGCAGAAAAAAAAACAUAAAAUGUGGCAAGUUAUAGCACCUUUUAUAUUUUUUAUUUUUUCCCCAAUAUAUUAAACUCAGCAAAUAAAUUGAAAUUGUACAUUAAAAUUUGCAGAAAAGUGUCAUAUUUAAGCUUAACUUGAAUAUUGUGUUCAAGCUUUUGCACACAUCUCUAUCACUCAGUGUAAUUAAGUCAGUGUAAUUAAACCUUUAAAGUAAUUACAACUCAAAAUUACAUGAGUGACUACUUUAAUAUUCUGUGGCUGCUGACUGCCUUAAAUCUGUUCAGUACUACUAACUCUAACAGGACCUGAAUGGACAUUAGACUUCUUAAAACAUUCAAGCUGCGUUCACGUCUGUUUUCCACUACACACCUUAAAAAUGUUUAAACACUGUUUUAGAAAAGGCAGUGGUUCUAUUUAGUUCUAUAUAGAACCAUUUCAUGCUUAAAUUGUUCUUGGCAUGGUGAAAUGGUUCUUCACAUUGAUGGAGAAUGUGUUGUAACUGGUUCUAUGUAGAGCCUUUUUGAAAAUGCUUCUGUAUAGCACCAAACAGGGUUCUUCUACUGUUACAAGCUUGACAUUGUAACAGCAGACCCCUUUUUGAUGCUAUAUGGAACCUUUUCGAAAAUGGUUCUGUAUAGAACCCUAUACACAUUCUCCAUCAAUCUGAAGAAUGAUUUCACCAUGGAAGGAACCAUUUAAGCUAGAACCAUUGCCUUUACUGAAGAACCUUUGAAGAAUCGUCUCUCUUAAGUACGUGAACGUUGAUAUCAAAAAACAUUUAUUGGAUCUUCACCAUAAGUAACAAACGGCUGGUUACAAAACGCUCAGAAUUGGUUUGGUCUGCUUAUGCGAGUCCAAUCAAAAGCUGAUUGGAUGUACAGCAGUUACAACAGUUACCUUUAUUAUGAGUAAUACAGACUGAGCUGGUAAACUGCAAAACAAAACACUAGCAUGGUUAAUAUAUUUAAUACUAGUAAAGUGAAUAUUUCUGUCUUCUAAUAUGUAAAACUCAUAUUAUUCAGGUGUCAGAUGAUUUGUUUUCAAAUAAGACUCUACUAAAUCAAAAUGUACUACAUCGAUAAGCUCUAUUGUGCGUUGUAAAUUGUUGAAGUUCAGUGUGUAUAUUUUUAGUUUUCUUCACUCAGUCCAGUUAAUACAUUUCAACAUGGAGGUUUAUAGUGUACACAACCCCUACAUAAGGCUUUCGUGACAACUGACAGACACCUACAUAGUUAUUUAUGAAGGCUAAAUGGACAAAAGUAGCCUUUUUGACUACAGACCCUUGUUGGAAUAAGCCCUUAUAAAUGUUUAUAUAGGUUUGUCAUAAAAGGCUAAUGUAGGUGUUGUGUAGCCUUACGAAUGCUGCACUUCAGUUAAGUGUUACCAAAAAUUGUGCACAAAUAUAUAUUAGAGAUACCCAAAUCCAAAUUUUAUUUUGGCGAAUAUGUAAUUCAUUUUUUUGUGCAAUAUUUUUGUUUCUUUAAUGCAUGUGUUUGAAUAAUUGUAUUCAGAGGCAACGAUAUGUGAGAAUGACAGAAUCCAAAAAUAUUCAAAAAAAAAAAAAAGUCUUCUACUCCAGACAGACUACAUUCCGUUGUUGUUAAUCACUCAGCUUAUGUUAAAGACUUGUUUUAUAAGUCUGGCUUUUGCGUUUUUAAUUUGUCUUACUCCCAGUGACCAUAGUGUUUCCUUCACGAUGGAUUUCAUUCAUCCGUGCAUGGCUUACUCGCUGUGGGAGAAGGAGAGCGCGUUCUGUUGAAUCAGUAGAGAUCGACUGGUGCAUGUGAGCAUAUCAUGUACAGGCAAAGCUGAAUGUUGGGUCUGUUUUUUUUCCUUCUUUUCCAGCUGUAAGGGUUCCUGUGCUUGUGGUCCAGAAAAGGCAGAGUGUGCCUAAUAAUGAACUGUAUAUUAGAUCAUUUCAGUGAUGAGUCAUAGACUUUUACAGCAUCGGACCUGGUGACCCUUCAGUCUGAAUGGAGGACAGUCCAUCCAUAUACAGUACUGUGCAAAAGUUAAACACCACUCAUUUAUUUAAUUUCCAGGAAAAAAAGCGGAAAAACGUCUGUUUUUUACACAGAAGCCUCAACAACUAAAUAAAAUAUUGGUUUUUCAGUAUUUAGUGCGUCCACUCUUGGCUAUUAUUAGUUUCCAUUCUUUUCAGGAGACUCACUUUCAGUUUUUGGAAGAAAUCUGCAGGGAUAUUUUUCCACACCUCCAAAGUUCAGUCUUAGAAGUUGGUUGCAUUUUCCUCAUUUUCACGAUCUAAAUAACACAUUCUGUGAUGUUGAGGUCUGGACUCUGGGGUGGUCAGUCCAUUGUCCAGCUUCUUUGUUUGAGGUGUCCGUCUCCUUUUCUCAGUGAGGUUCUUCUUGACGGCUACACAUCCUUUCCGACCCAUAGCGCUGAGUCGUCUUCUCAAGUGGAAGGAUGGAUGUGGAUGUUUACAGAUCUGAAGCAGCUUGAUUUUUGAUCCUCUCUCUCAAAGAUAAAAGCUUUCAGGGCUGUUUAUCUGACAGGGACAGUUUUGAUGGUCUUCCAGGUUCUACACGGUUGCUGAGUCCCAUUUUCUCUGUAGCUUUAAUCCUUAUUUGAACCCCAGUUUUGUAAUUUACCUUAUUGUCCUUUGACUUUCUUAUGCAAGCAAAUUAUCUUUCAUAAAUUUCUCCAGAAAAAUGAGUAACCUGUACUUAAUGGCUAGAAAUAAUGAAAGUUGGUCUCUGACUUUUGCACAGUACUGUAGGCAGCAGUCGGAUGAUCUCUGGGUUCGUGCUCCGCAGAGUGGUUGCCAGUGCAAAAUGACAUUUUUUAAAUAAAUAGCACUUAAUGUAACUUCUUCAAAUGAGGGUCAAGUUCGGAUGGAAUCCUCGUCCCGCAUGCUGUGACACCGCGUGGCUAUCGUUUGCCGUGAUUGGUCAGCACCAAGUGGUCGUAACCACUCCUAAUUGGUCUGUAAGUGGCUAAUGUCUGCUACGAGUGGCUAUUGAUCAGCUACAGCCUUCUGUGAUUUGGUUAAACUGAUGCUCCGCAGCACCAGCAUCAGCUUGACCCGCCUCUCUUACUGAGUUGCGCACUCCAACUCUACCUUUAAACUCAGUAAAUGGUUUCUCUGUGAUGCAGGACUGCUCGUUUCUGUUUGUUAUUCUGUUUUCUAAAUCCCCAUACAUAUGAAUCUAUGAUGAUUAAUUGUGCAUAUCAGUGUACAGUAUGUGUCAACAGUGUGCCUAAAUGUACUGUCGAUUAUAUUUUCUUAUUUUUCUUUAACAAACAAGAAAAAAAAAACAGAGAAAUCAAGCCGAAUGUCACGGUCGAUUUAAUAGACUGAAAAAGGACUCUAAAAGGGUUUAGAGUGUUUGCAUCAUGCUUCUAAAAUAUUCAUUUUGAGCAGCAGAACUCAGUAUAACACUAAUAAAACUUUAACUCUGACUAACUCA